AUGGAGGUUGAUCGUGAUUUAAUUGACGACGCUUACAUUGAUUACAUUAAAAGUCAAUGGCGCAACAAUAAUUCAAAGGACAUUGUAAUGGGUUCUCGUAUCGAUUAUGCUAGUGGGAAACAACAUUACAAUGGUGAGCUGUUUUUCAAGGAAAAUAAACUAGGUCGAACUCCUGUGACAAUUAGAGAUGACCCGUCAAAGCUUUUAAGGUUCCUGCGAAACAUCUAUGCGCAUUAUAGGCAAUAUGGUGAUAUGGAAAAGAUCAAGGAAGUGGACGCGAUUCUCAGAACACUCUGGGUGGAUUUUUUUGAUAUGAUUCAUGUCAUCACUUAG